GCUAAAACGUCUGCAAGGAGCUCGGAGGUUGUUCCUGAGAGCCGCCCUGUGCAGCAAGUGGAACAGAAGGUUCCCCUGGUAGAGAUCAAUGUCAGCAAUCAUCUUAAUGCUAAGCUGUGCUUCCAGAAGAGCACAUCUAAACCAGCAGCGAAGCUCAACACGAGCGUCCUGAGCCCAGACGAUGUCCCUCUCGAGGAGAGCGUGCCUGCAGGCUCUGAGCUGAUAGUCCCUCAAACCCCUGAGGCAAAAGAUGGGGGAGAAAGCGAGGCCAUGUCUCGGCUGAAGUUUUUUAAUACAACAGUUAUUUUAAGCAAAGAGCCUGGGCCAGAGAAUUCGGAUGAUGCUACUCGAGUACCAGAGGGCUCUGAGCAGGAGCCCCCACAGUGUGUUAGGGACAGCCCGGCCACACCCACGCGUUCUCGCCUCAGCCGUCGCUCCGUGCGCAGGAGCCUGUUGGGCAAACCUUCGGCCACUCGCAGAACCUCCCUGGCUGAGAAAUACUCACUGGCCAGCAGGAGGGAGAGCGCAAUCCGGAGAUCGGUCACCAAGGCAAUGGCUAAGAAGAAGGCAGCUCGGAAGUCGUCCCUGUCCUCUAGCUGCAUGGAUGCCUCCAGCUCUGGAGAGGUGCCAGAGAAUGAAGAAACAGUUGUCAAAACUGGGCCUCCUCCUGGACCUUGUACCCCCUCCGAAUUGGAUCCCCAAAGUCCACGCAUGUCACUUCGCUCUCGAGACAUCUGCAGAAACGAGCAGCCGCAGCAGACGAGCAGCAACGAAAGCAACUUAAAGAAGAAUGAGGAGACCCAGGAGCCACCCCAGAGUGCCAGGAGAAAGCCAAGUUACAAAAGAGCUGUGGAUGAGCGCUAUGACCAUCAGCAGGCAGAGGAGGGAGGGCUUUCUCCUCUCAGAAGAAAGACCCCAUCCCCGACCUUUCCAGCCAGCAAGGUUGUGCGUCCUUUCAAAACGUUUUUACACACCGUGCAGAAGAACCAGCUCCUCAUGACGCCCUGCUCUGUGGGGAGAAACGGAGUGAUCAAAUCUUUUAUCAGAUACAACACUCCUCUCCAGUCCAAUCCCAAGGAAAAGGAGAGGCAGAAGGUAGAGACUCUGAGGAAAAAGCAGGAAGCUGAGCAGCUGAGAAAACAAAAACUGGAGGAAGAAAAGAAACGGCGACUGGAAGAAACAAAGCUGAAGCGUGAGGAGCGCCUGCGCAAGGUGCUGCAAGCUCGCGAGCGGGCAGAGCAGCUGGAGGAAGAGAGGAAAAGGCGCAUCGAGCAGAAGAUGGCUCUGUUUGAUGAGAGGACUGAGAAGGUGCGGGAAGAGAGGCUGGCAGAAGAGAAGAUCAAAAAGAAAGCAGCUGCCAAGAAAAUAGAAGAAGCAGAGGCCCGGCGCCGGCUUGAUGAAGAGGCCAGAAAACAGAGAGCGCUGAAGCAGGAGGAGGAGGAACGUCGGCACAAGGAGCUGAUGCAGAAGAGGAAGGAAGAGGAGCAGGAACGUGCCAGGAAGAUUGCGGAGCAGAGACAGGCAGAACAGGAGAGAGAGAAGCGGCUGGCUGCCGAGAGAGAGCUGGAGAGGAAGAGAGAACAGGAGAGGAUCCAGGCAGACAAGCUACGUGAGCAGCAGGAGAAGGCUGCUCGCCUGCAGAAAGAAGCGGCUGCUAAAGAACAGCUCCCUGAGGAGACAGAGAAGAAAGCACAGGAGGAGCAGAGGCUAGCAGAGAUGGAGAGGCAGGAGCAAGAGCAGAAGAAACUGCCAGAAGAACAAAAGGCCACAGAUAUAGCCCAAACACAGCAGCUAGAAAACAAAGAGAAUUCACCUUCCUGCAGCUCAUAUGAGAUGACUCCACAAGGCCCUAAAGUCCCAAAGGCCCCCCUGGUAAAUCCGAACGACUAUGGCAUGGACCUGAACAGCGACGACUCUACUGAUGACGAAAGCCAGCCUCGCAAGCCUGUCCCUGCCUGGGCCACAGGGAAUCAGCUUAGCCAGGCUGUAAUCCGCCAGUACUACAACCCCCCCAACAUCGAUGAGAUCUUCGGGGCGAUCGCGAGCCCUAAGCUGGAGGACAUCUUUUACAAAAGCAAACCGCGCUACUUCAAGCGCACGAGCUCUGCGGUGUGGAACACGCCGCCCUUCUCGGGUGCCGCAUCGGGUGUGGAUGCGUCCUGCAGCCUCAAAAAGUACUGA